CAGUCAAUACCUUUUUUUUGAAAUCUCUGAGUUCGCAGAAUAUCGGACACAGCAGUAACACGUCCAGUAGGACGCUGAGAGAACACGAGGGAAGCUUAGAAAACCACGACACGAAGUGAUGUCGGGAAUGACAUGCACAUUUUAGAAUUUGGAAAAGCAUGAGCAGUGAAAACGGAUCGUCUUGGACACUUGGUUGGAAAUUGUAAAGAAAAUUUGAACUAAUAUUCACGUGACGAGAGAGCCAAUAGGAUGAUGGACCGAAGUGUGGGAAUGUUUCUGCUUGCUGUGUUUGCCAUAAAGACAGCCUUUGCAACACCAGAUUGCUUGGAGCCUGAUACGAGAGUGGUGGGACGCUGGAAGAAUGGGAACUACUACAAAGGAGUAGUCGAGUCACUGACUAAUUCUCUUAAUGUGCUGUUUGACAACGGGAAUCGACUGAGCUACAACCUACACAGCAAAUAUGACGUUAUCGAAGAUCGAAUUCCUGAACUACACGAGAUUAAAUGGGGAGAUGCCGUCGUUGUAAACCGUCCCCAUUCCUUCGCGUUCCAGCCGGCACACAUCCGGGAGAUCGUAGGAGGUCGAUACAUGGUAUGGUACAAAGACGGCUCGUACAUCUACCAAACUAAAAACGACAUCAGAGUGUUUAAUAAGUCGGCUGUUUGCAACGAGCCUGCUUACCUGGGUUGUUAUCGUGACCAAGUUCCUCGAUAUCUUACGGCGUUCAUCCCAACGCGUCCAGCUACGAUCGCUUCAUGCGUUGACAUGUGUAACGCACAGGGCUACAGUAUCGCGGCUCUAAGGAACUCUGAUCUGUGUUUCUGUGGCAACGCGUAUAACAAAGGUUACCAGACAAGUGAUAGAAGAUGCGACAUGCCCUGUUACGACAAUCCUUACGAAAAGUGUGGCGGUGUGGACGUUUUCUCCCAAUACUGGACAGGUAUCGUUGGAGACAAGCCCGUUUAUCGCCCUUCAGGUCUAGAAGCCUAUACAAAAUUCCACUUGGAUCCGUACGGCUUUCAGAAAACUUACCAAUCAGUUAUUACAAAGCAAUCGAUUCCUAGAUUUGGCAUGUUGCCAUGGAGAAAUAUAUUGCAAGCUCGUAAAGCAGUAAACAAACCAUCAUCCCUCGCUCAUUCGUCACCAUGGAGAUGGAACGUCCUUAGAUCAUCCUGGGUCAGAGCCGAUGGAAAACAAUACAGAUGGACUCAUCAUCCAGCUUUGGCAUCCAAGAACGCAUAUAGAACUUGGAGUAGCUCCCAAAUCCCUCUUACUAGAAACGGAUGGACUUGGAACGGUAGAGCAUGGGUAUCAGGAGCUAAGGCGUCAACAGGCCUAGGUUUGCAGCAAAGUCCCUAUCAUUAUUUAACAAGAACGAAUCCAUUCUCCAGGAGUACGUAUAGUAAACCCAAAUCGAAACCCACCUACAACAAAGGCUACCUACAUAAAACCGUCAAGCCAAAGCUCACAGAGUUACGUUCAUACAAUACGUGGAGACCACAAUCUGUAAACAUCUUGAAAUCAUACAGUAAUGUGGAUAUAUCAAAGGAUUUCACGCCAAACCUUGUGCUACAGAAACUAGCAGAUCGCAUGCGCACUGUCAAAUGGAGUCAGUUAAGCAAUUUUGGCCAGGCAUUCAAACCUUCCUCUUCAAUUCCUCUUCCUUUUCGUUAUCUUGGAUGUUUUGCUGAUGAUUACCAGCGAGACCUUCCAUUCCAGUACUCCAUGCCAGCAAGUUCUUUGUCCGUGAGGUCCUGUGUUCUCAAGUGUCGAGAGCACAGCUUCUCAGUAGCAGGAAUUCAGGGCUCAACCCAGUGCUUCUGUGGAAAUACGUACAGUAAAUACGGUCGAGUUAGAGAAGAGGAAUGCAUGAUGAAAUGUGGUUCUAGCAGGACUGAUAAUUGCGGGGGAAUCUUGAGGAAUUCUGUUUAUUUUACUGGUAUUGGAUCAGCUUGGCCACAUAGAAAAGGGAUUGCCGCUAAUCAGUCCAAGAAAAAAACAAGCAACGCCUCAAGUACGCAUGCCCAGUAUAAAGCCAAUGACAAGUCAGCUAGGAAAGUGACGUCAGCAUUACAUGCCAAAUUUGGUAAAACAACAAUUUCAUCAAAAACCAAAGUUACAAAAACUGUCCAACAAGAUUCAAAACUGCAACCAAAGAAAAAAGAGAGGGGAAAGACCCAAAGAAACAAAAAUAAAGCGAGAAAUAAGCUAAAUGUUAUACCAGAACAAUUGUCCGAGAAAUUCAACUCAAAAAUCGAUGAUUUUCAAGUCGAAUCUAUCAAAGUUAAAGUGAACUUCUCUGAACUCAAAAAAGCAUUGCAGACUCUCUCGCCUGAGAUUGUUCGACGAGUGCAAAAAGAUCUUUCUAGAAUGCACAAAAAGGAACAUAAGAACCACACCAGAGAAAAAGUAAACGUCGAACUAGAAGAAACACAGCAAAGUAAUAAUGAAGAAUAUGACGAGAACGAUGUAGAGAGAAUUCGUAAUGAGAUUCACAACAAAGCACUCAACCGAUUGACCAACCAAAAUAUUAAAGAAAUUUUAAGAAUAUUGAAAAUUCCAAAAGCGGAGCUUAAAGAUGAAGACAGUGGGAAGAAUUUUGAAGAUGCAAUCAAAAGUAUUCAUGCUGCUAGGAAGAAAGGGAUGGCACGAAAUGGUAUAAAAGCUGUGAAUGGAAAAGAUUUUGCACACGAAGAAAUAGAAAGUUAUAGUAGAAUAUUUUUUGAUUUUCCGUUAAAACCUACGAAAGAGGUCUCAAAACCUUCGACGAGGAAAAAAGCUGGUAUUGAUAUGAAAAAACAAAAAGAUCAUCUGAAUAAGAAGAUGAAAAUUAAAGCACAAAAGAAAAAUACAAAGGACAAAUCAACAACUAGUAUUAAAGUCAAGCCAUUGAGAAAAGUUUACAGCAAGGAAAAACAUCCAACAAAGAUGAAUGCUAAUGAGAAAAAAAUCAAUAAGGAUGCAAAUCAAGUUACCAACACCAAGCCAAGAAAGGGAGGACAUCUGAAGGAAAAUACAAGCGCGAAAAGUACUGGUAGUAAAGAAGCACAAAGGUUGGAAGUACAAAGUCAUAAACCGAGCUUAAAAGCAAAGUUUUCGAAGUUAAAAACCGUUGCAAAGACUUCAGAUGGCAGCACUGAAAGAAAUAAAGGCAAAAAAACCCUUUCUCGCACGACAAAAACUGGCCUACCUGAGAAAACCGUAAAGGAAAGUAAGAUGUCUUCGAAUGACAAGCCAGCCAUAGGCGGUGGAAAUAAAAAGGUUAAAGCGAAUAAUGGUGUACAGAACGUCGUGGAGGUUGGAACACAGCCUGGCGUUGCAGCCAUGAAAAACGCUCAUUCAGGGGAUGGGGAUUUGAAGGCGUUGCUCAAGAUGCCUCCUGAGAGAAAGCAGAUUUCGAAAGGUGGAGAUGUUAAGAAUGCUGAAGGAGUGAAGAGUGUUGAAACGGGGUCCACCAAUCGUAUAUCUAGGAUUACUAAGUCAUCUUCCAAGGCAAAUUCUGCAGCUUUUCCUCAGUUAAAUCAAAAUAAAGUCAAAAUUACACACAUUUUGCCGGAACAAGUUGGAAAGGAUAAGGGGGAAAAAGGCCAAAGUUCUGCUAAAGGAAGCAAAGAAAGUCACGAAGACAAGCAAAACACAGCAAACAAGUUACCAGAGAAUAACGAUGAAAAAGUGAAAAAGAGUCUAAGCCAAAGUCAGGCAAAUUACAACGGCGUGAUAGAGUUAGAUGGUAGAGCAAAACAGAAUGAUGAUGAGAAAUCUCAGAAUAAAACAUCAGAGCAAAAGGAUAACUUAAAAGUAAACGUCGAGAAUGAAGGAGAUGAAAAUGGUGUGAUCUUCCUUGGAGCAGCAGCGAACCAACUUCAAAAGUCAAAGAAAAACGACGAAACGACAAAAGAUGAACAAAAUAUUCCAGAUUCUAAAAAAGUGAAGAAACUCAAACUUGUAAAAGAAACUGAAACUGAAAAUAUGUCCCCAGGUGUUUCUGCAGCUCAGAAGAAAGAGAAAAAGAUGAAAGACGAUAAAAAUAAGACGUCAAUGACGAAAACAAGUUCUGACUCUGGGAAUGACAAGAAAGAGCAAAAAGAGGCAAACACUACAACGAAGCAGAAAGCAAAGAACAACCUCAAAAAAGAAACCAAAAUUAAGAAGAAACAUAAACAGGAUGAUUCGAAAAAAGAGCAACAUAAAACAAAAGUUUUAAAUGACAAGAACGACAAGAUGUCUUCCAAAGAGAGCGAACAAAAGCUGACAACAGGAAAGAAACUUAAAAUAUUAAACUUGAAUGGUGUUGCUGAUCUGGAUCCAGGAAAAAAAGACGUCGGUCAAAGCGAUAAAGUCCUAGUGGCUCCAAACUCUGUACAAAUGAAAAAACAAAGGAAGUUGGAAGCAUCCGAUUCCCAUCCUGCCGAAAAACAGAAUGACGCGGCCUUGUGGGAUGGUGGCAGCGGCGCCGAUACAAGCGGUUCGAACUCUGACGCACCUCAAACUUCUUUUGAGCAAGAAAACAAACUGCUCUCUUUUCAAAAGCAAAAUACUAUCUACGGCAAGAGUAGUAAUUCAGCUUUGCAAAAAGGAUCGAUGAGUAGAGGAAAUUCUUUAGAAAAGGUCAGCAGUACUAAAGGAAAAAACGAAGAUGGAAGCCAGCCUGAUUACAGUGGCAUGACAGAGGCAGAAAAGACCACAGAAAGUAAAAUAAUCACCAAGCUUAACAAUUUAUUAAAUAGCGGGAGCGGUGAUGACAACUUUGAAAAUGUUGUAAAUGAACUUGAAAAGAAUAAAAUUGAUGGUAUUUCUGGUAAUGGGGUAACUAUUAUGAUGGGACAAGGUUCUGGAACGAAUUCUAGCCAAGAAAACGAUGAACCUGGACCUCAAUAUAGCGGUAGGUCUAGCUCGAUGGAUGGGAAGACAGUGCAGUCGGGCGAGGAGAUGAUGAACAGAAAGAUGGGAAGAAACCCUAUUGGGGAAGACCAAAACGGCAAUGUUGGACAAGCAACGCUUGAUUCAAAUAAUAAAGAAACUAGAAAUUUGCCAACAAAGGCUGUGGGACUCAAUAAUGAAGUAGACAGUGGUUCUGGCUUAGAAAAUAUGAAUAAUUCCGGAGAACUUAACAGCAAGUAUGCUUAUUUUGGAUCAGGAGCAAAUAAGGAGGAGCUGCCUUUGAUAAGGGCAGACGACCUUAAGCGUCUCACACAGGAACAGAGAAGACAUUCAUUUGAAAACAGCGGAGAGAAUCCUCAGCCUAAAAAAGAUCUUCAAGGAGAACCUAAUGGCAAGGAAGAAAAAGCUAAGCUACAUCCAAAUUGGACGAAACAGAGGCUUUUUGUCAAAUCUUCCAUCCCUAAACCACCAAUCUACAAAAUGAUUUUGAUUCCAAGACAAUCAAUGUCUACGAAUAAGAAAAAUGGAAGCAAAAAAGUUGAUGGAAAAUUAAGGAAUUCAAACGUAAUUUUGAAAAAGAAAGCUUCAUCAAAAAUUAAAUCAAGACAUGGGAUGUUUAAUAGUGCAAAAAUGGUUGGCCAAGAAAAGAAGAAGCAACUUGAUCAGAGAAAACUUGUCGAGGGAGAGUCUCGAUAUCAGAGGGGAAAGAAACGAAGCAGUAUAAGUAAUAAAGUAAAGAAAACUACGAGAAAAGGAAAGUAUUACUCUGAUGUGAAAGGAGUUCGUGUUGUGAAGAAUGGCGUUUCUUUCACAGUUAGUAAAAGUCCGGAAUCUCCGAGUCAAAGCUCAAGACUAGAAAAAGGAAAGAGUAAUUUGACAAAUGGUUCCUCAAGAAAUCUUGGUGCACCUACAAACAACAGUUAUCUCAAAAAUAAUAAACUCAAACUGCAUCAUAUUUCGGAGAGAAGAAAAAAGUUCCCCAAAAAAACGGCUAAAAUUUCCAAAACGCAAAGUAACAAAAUGGCUGCCGGUGAGAAUGAAGUAUCUGACGAUUCGCAACCCAAUCUCAAAGACAAUGGAUCCCGUAACCAACUAAUAUGGCGUGGAAGUCGUCUAAAUGAACUCAACAGGAAGUUAGAAAACUGAAAUGUUUAUUACGAAAUGACCAAAAUUUUUGUGUGUAUCCAAGUCAUUCCGAAAUAGGAAUGUACGCUGUAUAGAUUAACCGCAGGUUCAGCUAAUCGUUGGACUUGUAUGAGAAUAGAUGUAUCACAUAGCAAGUAAAGUUUAAAAUAAGAGAAAAGAAAUAUAGAGUUUUAUCAUAAUCCCCAAGCUGAAGCAAAACCAAACGCUUUGGAAAAUAGAGAUAAUUUAGCUAUACUGUUAUUAGGCUGCGUUC